CGCCGGAGCAGCCGGUUGGCCAGGCCCGAGUGGGCCCCAGGCGGACGUGAGCUGGGCCAGAUCAAGAUGGCGGUGCAGGUGGUGCAGGCGGUGCAGGCGGUUCAUCUGGAGUCGGAUGCUUUCCUAGUUUGUCUCAACCACGCUCUGAGCACAGAGAAGGAGGAGGUGAUGGGGCUGUGCAUAGGGGAGUUGAAUGAUGACCCAAGGAGUGACCCCAAAUUUACAUAUACUGGAACUGAUAUGCGCACAGUUGCUGAAAAGGUUGACACCGUCAGAAUUGUUCACAUUCAUUCUGUCAUCAUCUUGCGACGUUCUGAUAAGAGGAAGGAUCGAGUGGAAAUUUCUCCAGAGCAGCUGUCUGCAGCCUCGACAGAGGCAGAGAGGUUGGCUGAACUAACUGGUCGCCCCAUGAGAGUUGUGGGCUGGUAUCAUUCCCAUCCCCAUAUAACUGUUUGGCCUUCACAUGUCGAUGUUCGUACACAAGCCAUGUACCAGAUGAUGGAUCAAGGCUUUGUAGGACUUAUAUUUUCCUGUUUCAUAGAAGAUAAAAAUACAAAGACUGGACGGGUACUCUACACUUGCUUUCAGUCCAUACAGGCCCAAAAGAGCUCAGAGUCCCCUCAUGGUCCACGAGACUUCUGGAGCUCCAGCCAGCACAUCUCCAUUGAGGGCCAGAAGGAAGAGGAAAGGUAUGAGAGAAUUGAAAUUCCAAUUCAUAUUGUACCUCAUGUGACCAUUGGGAAAGUGUGCCUUGAGUCAGCAGUUGAGCUGCCCAAGAUCCUGUGCCAAGAGGAGCAGGAUGCAUAUAGGAGGAUCCACAGCCUUACACAUCUGGACUCAGUAACCAAGAUCCAUAAUGGCUCAGUGUUUACCAAGAACCUGUGCAGUCAGAUGUCGGCAGUCAGCGGGCCUCUACUGCAGUGGCUGGAGGACAGACUGGAGCAAAACCAACAGCAUUUGCAGGAGUUGCAACAAGAAAAGGAAGAGCUUAUGCAAGAACUUUCUUCUUUAGAAUAAAGCAGGAGACAAAA